CACACAAGAUUUAACCUCACUAAAGUUGUUACUUGUUUGGAAAAAUCUGUUAAUUUACAAAUCAUGUCAGAUACAGAUCCACGUAUACGUACAUUGAAAAUCAAAACCGGUGUUGUCAAACGUUUGGCCAAGGAAAAAGUUACAUAUGAAAAAGAAGUAUCACUUCAAAAAGAUAGAGUACAAAAAUUCAAGGAUCAAGGUAAAGACAGUUAUGAUAUUAAAAAACAAGAAGAAGUAUUACAAGAAUCACUGAUGAUGAUACCAGAUUGUCAACGUCGUCUUGUCAAAGCAUAUGAUGAGCUUAAAAAAAUUCUUGAAAGUGAACAAGAUUUAAAAGAGACAGAAGUAUAUCUUGAAGCUGGUAAAAUUCUUGAAGACGCUGUUUUACAACUUCCUGAUCAAGGUGUUGUUGUUUAAAAAAUACAAAUAUCUAAAAGUCGAUUAUCAAAUUGAAUAAUCGACCUGCCUUUUGGUUUUUUUUUUAUCUACAAAGAAAAACCAAUUUAACAUUUGUUAACAAAUUCAACUUACCAAUUAAUUUGCUUCUUUUUUUUAUAAGAAUAAUAUUGUUUAUUAAUAUUAAUUGGAUUUUUUGUUAAUUUAAUUUGAAUAUGUAUGGACAUAAUAAUACUUUUCCACAAUAUGGAAAUGAAGCUGCUCAAUAUCCUGGAGCAUUCACUGAUCAAUCAU